AUGAACGAUGAUAAGAUCAGAGACUACGGGGUGGUGGCAACAAUCGAGAAUGCCAUGGUGACAAGCCUGAUGGAACAUAGUUACUGGACAAAGAUGAUACCUACAGAGAGAUAUGAUGGAAGAUGGCUAAUUCGGAGUAUGCUAUGGGUCCGGAGCGACAUCGAAGCUGAACAGAUCCCAGUAGAAUCAUCAGAUCUGACAGCUGCGAUUCUGCGUCUCCCAGACCAGGUGGUGCUAGUGGUCUCAGUCUAUGUGGAAGGAAAUAAUGAGGAGGCACUGAUAUCUACAAUUAGGCUGCUACGCAGCUUAGUGGUAGACUACCAGGGAAGAGGAGAAAUAUGGAUAGAUGUCCUAAUAAUGGGAGACUUCAACCGGCAUGAUCAACUCUGGGGUGGAGAUCAUAUAUCUCCUAUAAGACAAGGAGAGGCUGAUGCUCUAAUUGACUAUAUGGGUGAACACUCUCUCCACAGCCUCUUACCUAGAGGCACAAAAACAUAG